UUGAAUUCAAGUGUUCAUGUCCAUUACGAGAGAAACUAAAAUAGCAGUCUCAUUGAAAUUGGCCUGGCCUCGAUAUUUUGAUUUGUUUUCUUUUAUUGUUUUUCCUUGCAUUUCUUUGAUUCCCUUCACUUCACCAAUAUAUAUUACACCACGCGUUAGUUACUCACGUAUUCUGCUUCUUUCUUUCUCUCACCCUUGGUUGUUUAUGCUUUACUACUUUUGAAAUCUGGGUGAUGAUUAAUGGGUUUUGUUCCCCUUUUGUGAAUUUGGGUUGUGAAUACUCAAUGGGUUCCAUCAGAGGGAUCAAGAAGAGGAAGAAAGCUGACAACAAAGAUGGCCCAGAUGCCUCUGCAACCUCAUUCGAUUGGUGGCAUCACUUCUCCCUCAGAAUCUCAGGACCUUUAGCUCGAUCUAAAAAUAUAGAGAAAUUUGAGUCUGUUUUCAAGAUCUCAAGGAAGACGUUCAACUAUAUAUGUUCUCUUGUGGAAGAAGACAUGCUGGCCAGAGCCUCAAAUUUUGUUGAUCUAAAUGGCAAUCGUUUGUCUUUGAAUGAUCAAGUAGCUGUAGCUCUCAGAAGGCUUAGCUCUGGUGAGUCAUUGUCAACCAUUGGUGAAUCAUUUCGGAUGAAUCAGUCAACUGUUUCCCAGGUAACAUGGAAAUUUGUGGAAACAAUGGAAGAAAGAGGGCUCCACCAUCUUAGUUGGGCUUCAACUGAAAUGGAAAUGGAAGAGAUAAAGUCCAAGUUUGAGAACAUACGGGGCCUUUCUAAUUGUUGUGGUGCCGUUGACAGCACACACAUAAUGAUGACUUUGCCCUCUGUGGAUGCUUUGAAUAGUGUGUGGCUUGACCGUGAGAAGAAUUGUAGCAUGGUCUUGCAAGCCAUUGUGGAUCCGGAUUUGAGAUUCCGCGACAUAGUUACUGGAUGGCCAGGAAGUAUGAGUGAUGAGCAAGUGCUUCGAAGCUCUUCUUUUUUCAAACUGGCUGAAGAAGGGAAGAGGUUGAAUGGGGGUAAGAAAACACUUCCAGAUGGAACACUGUUUAGGGAAUAUAUUAUAGGGGAUACAGGCUUUCCCCUUUUUUCAUGGCUUCUUACACCUUAUGAAGGUAAAGGAUUCUCAAAUGUUCAAGUUGAGUUUAAUAAAAGGGUUGUUGAAACCCAAAUGGUGGCCAAGAAAGCAUUGGCUAGGCUGAAGGAUAUGUGGAAGAUAAUCCAAGGUGUGAUGUGGAAGCCUGAUAAGCACAAGUUACCAAGAAUUAUUCUUGUUUGCUGUAUACUACAUAAUAUAGUUAUCGAUAUGGAGGAUGAAGUACUGAUUGAUAUGCCCUCUUGCCACCAGCAUGAUUCGAGAUAUCAAGACCAAACUAGUGAAUUUGCUGACAAUACUGCCACCAUUAUGAGAGAGAAGCUAUCUCUCUACUUAUCUGGCAAACUGCCAACUUGAAAUAUCAUUUCUUCUGAUUAUUACAAUUGAAUUGGAAUUAUAUAAAAAUAGAUUUUUACUCUACCAUCUUCAUGUUAUUGGUUGAUAACUGACUUGAACACAAAAUAAAUUUUAGUUGCCUCUGCUUCAA